CACUUUGUAUGAAUAUUUCUUAGUUAGGGACACGCUUUCAUUGGUAUAAUGUCAACGUUAUUCAAUAUAAAUACAAUUCUUAUUUAAAUUUAUUAUUCGUUUUAUUUAUGUCGUGGGUUGUUUUAUUCAAAUCUUAAAGUAAUCAGUUCUUUUACAAACAUUCACUCGUAUCGUUUUAAUAAAGAAAAAAAAAGAUAUUGAAAAAGUGUGAGCAUUUUUGGCACAAUUGUAAUAGGUUAGGUCAAUGGAAAUUGUAAGAAAAACUCCAAAAAUGGCACGCUCUUCAAGCAAAAGACGCAACAUGAGUGAGAUACGGUAUAUUGAUGUAUAUCUCGACACCGAUGGAUUGUAUCCAUCGUUUGAAAAAAUCAUUGCAGAUAUGCGCGGGAAUGAUGCCGAAUUGGUUUAUCAAGCCACACGCGCCACACGCAUAAUACUGGAUGCAACAGACAAGUCAGCAAUAUAUGACAUAACGGAUCGCGGCGUUAUACCAAUUUGCUUAGGGUUUUUAGACUCAGACAGUUCAACACUACAAUACGAAGCAGCAAGUAUACUGACUAUCAUAGCACGGGCCGCAUCAGAUAAGAUUUCCAGAGGCAUUCCGAAAUUUGUUGAAUUACUAAAAUCAACAUCGGUCAACGUCUCUGAACAGUCAGCGGUGGUAUUGAAAAUAAUUGGCGGCAAUGGAUUAUACAUGCGAGAUGAAAUCUUUAAGCACAAUAUCGCUGAAGUUAUAUCAGAAAUUUUGCAAUACCAGCAACCGACGUCAUUUUUGCGUAAAAUUAUUAAUUUAAUAUCAAGUUUGCUGCAUUACAAAAAUCCAGCACCAAUUGACAAAAUGAAGAUGAUGAUAAUGGAGCUAGAACAUUUUCUGAAUUACGACGAGGCAGAAAUUUUAUCUGAUACUGUGUUGGCCAUACAAAUUGUGACAGCUCAUGAUAGCAACUGUAUUCAGGCGGUCAUUGAUGCUGGAUGUGUAUCAAUCUUGGUUCAACUAUUGGACGAUUCCGACUGUUCAGUUGCCGGGCCAGCAAUUCAAUCAAUCGCAAAUAUCGCGAAAGGAACUGAAGCACAGAUCGAUGCGAUCGUUGAUGCUGGAUGUGUACCAACCUUGGUUCAACUAUUGAACGUCCUCGACUCUUCAAUAACCGAACCAGCAAUUCAAUCCAUCGCAAAUAUCGCCAGAGGAACUGAAGCACAGAUCGAUGUGAUUAUAAAUGCUGGUGUAAUAAAGUAUAUGCCACAAUUACUAAAAAAUUCAAGCCAAAAUGUCGUGGUGGCCACAUUGGAGGCGAUUGAAAAUGUAUGCGCUGGUAAACAAUCGCAAAUUGAGCAUGUCAUUCAAGAAGGCAUAUUCAAUAACAUUCGCGACCUAUUGUGUAGCGAUAUAAAGAUAUUGCACGAAAAGGCUGCAUCGGUUGUAACCAAUUUCUUUCUUCACGGAAGUCAAAAACAAAUUAUUCAUCUGAUAAAAGAAGUUAACAUACUUCCACCACUCUGUGAACUCAUGAAGACAGCCAAUGAUCAUUCUCCCAUCUUAUUAACGAUUUUACCUGGUUUGAAUCAAAUGUGGUCGAAGUUAAUAGACAACUGUUCUCAAGAAUCGUGGUACCUCUACACCGAUAUAUUCGUAAAUGCGGAAGGAAUCGAAAUAUUAAGGAGCUUACAAGAAAAUGGAUGCGACAGGAUCAAGGACCAAGCUAAACAAAUAUUAGAUGAAUACUUCCCCAUUGAGAAUGAAGAAUCAGGUGAAGAUUGGGAACUUGCAAUUAUAGAAAUCCAAAAUCGAUUGGCUGCAUUAGAAAACGCAAUAUUAUUUAUUACCGGUCAUGUUAAACCGAGAAAAAGAAAUAUAGGGCAGUAGUCACAAGCACGAAAUCAUUAAUUCAUUAGAAUAGAAUGGAUUCAUUUUCGUAUUGAUCAAAGUCAUUUCUAUUAAUUUUAUUCAAAAUUGUUUUCUUUUCCAAAUGUCAAACAUACAUAUAUGUUUAGAUUUACAUUUUUUUUUAUCUGGAUCAAAAGUGUUCAAUGCAUUGGGGAGCAUUCUUAUAGAAGAAACAAGACACUUUCAUUUAUUCUAUUUAUACCACGAUAUAACUACUACACAUUGUUUAUUUGAUUAA